AUGUCAACCAUCGCACCACCACCACCCACAGCACCAGGCGCAGCCUCCACCUCAACCCAACCCCAACCAUCAAUAUCACCCGUCCAAUCAGCGACCCUGCGUCUAUCCACCGUUCAAUAUGUAAUCGGCUCCUCCCCAAACCCUUCCUCCAACAAUAGCGCUAUCCUCCAACGGCUAACAUCAGCCAUUUCAGCACUAGAAACGAUCAAAUCCAAGUCCGGCAAACCACUGACCCGCCUAGUCGAUGAUUGGGACUCUUAUGCCGACCUUCUUCACCCAUUAGACCCUUCUGUUAGAAGCGGAAGGGAAGAGGUGUGGGAUGCGAAAGAGCAAGCGACCUAUCUUUUGACGCAGUAUGAUGAGCUGAAGGAAGUGCUGAGGGACUUGACAAAGAUGGAAACAUUGUUGGAGCAGGGAAAAGUGUUGGAUGGUGAAUCGAGUCGGAUGCUCUCUCGAGCGAUAACAAUCGAACAAAGACAAAAGCUCCAAGCAUUGCAAAAGGAGGUCCGAUCACAAGAUCAAAGAUCAAAAACAAUCCAACAAAGAGUGCUGAACUUGGUCAGCGAUUGGAGCCAUUACACAAGUACAGUGUCACAAGCAUUCACACUGCUCGAUCAAGAUCUUUUACAUCUUGAACGUGCAGUCUUGGCCUUGGAGCGCGAAUGCAAUCGCGACACCGAAUAG